AUGUCGUUUUUGAUCCCGCCAACGCGGGAUUUGUCCCGCAAUAUCCCGUCAGGGUAUUUCAAGAUGGCGGACUGCAGUGGAACUUUUCCUGCUCAAACUACUGUCACUCAAACUUUAAAGUGUUCAUACUGUGACAAGACAGUAAGGUUUAUGAAGCUGUGUACUCAAUGUCGAGCAAUCCUUUAUUGCUCAAGAGAAUGUCAAAUAAAGGAUUGGCCUAGCCACAAGAAAAAGUGUACAAAAGUAAAGUUUAAGACAAAGGAACAAAAAGCAUUGAAAGGAAUUAUUUAUCAAAAUAAAAUUCUGGAAGAAAAAGAGAAUAAAGUGAAAGAAAACCAUGGCAACUCAAGUAAAGUUAUGAAUGAUGAGAAACAGCUUGAGCAACAAAUGGAAAAUUUUCAGAAUAUUGACAAAAAGCAAGAAAAUAUUCUAAAUAAUGGAAAAAUAUUGUCGUCAAGCUUAAAGAAGGAGUCGGAGGAAGAGUCACCCAAAGAAAAUUGCACCAGUAAAACAGAUACCAAUGAUGAGAUCCAAGGAAUUUCACAAUGGAAUGGUGAAACUGUUACUAUAUUCAUAAGACACAACAAAGAAAAAAAGAAAGUUGACAUAGUAAAGAAACCAAAUGACAAUAAUUCAACUUUCCAACAAAUAUCUGACUUUCUUAGGAUACCAGUUGGAAAGCUGAAGCUUAUUCACAAGGGGAAAAUGAUAGUUCCAGAAAAUGCGAAUGCUUUUUUAACCCAUGGUGCUAUGUUUCUAGCUUUUGGAGAAGCAAGUGAGUGUGAAGAUGGUCUUGAUAAGACUGACAUUGACAUCUUGAUUAAGCAACUUAAUGUAGACAGGAAUAUGGCUGUUAAGGCCCUGAGGCGGACAGGAACACUACUUGAUGCUAUCUUUGAUAUUGGAAAUAAGGGGUGACUGCAAAUAUAGCCACAUAAUGUACAUCGAGGGCAUGAGAUAUCAAAGCUGUCAUAAAGAAAAGAUCUUGUAUUGUCUUUUGCCCUUUUAUUUUCUUGAGAACAGAUGAUAAUAAAAUUUCCUUGCCUACUUUGUUAUACAAAACAAUUUCACUCCAAGAUAUAUAUACGGUAGAAAAUAAAACCUUUUGCCUGAAA